CGAGUCACAUGUACGGACCUUUUGCCUCCUCAGCGAUACGAUGACCGCAGCCGAUGUGUUGAGCAAGGAACAAUUCGAAGAGCUCGUAGGCUCAUAUUCCCAAGCCCUAGAGCGCAUGGGAGCUCUCAAGACCGCCAAAGAUGGACAACGACCACUAAGCGAGCUCGAUGCAUAUCGAUACGACAAGGCUCCCCGUCUCUUCUCGGCGGGAGAGUCCGUGCGGGACAUGGACCUGGAAGCUGUGAAGACGCUCGUUGAAUGGAAACUACGUCAUGGCAAAUUCCGUCCGACGCUCAUGAGCUUGGUUUCUUCCAACGACCCGGUGACUGUGAAAAAUAUCAUCCGAGACGCUAUUGGUGGGUAUCGAGAGGAUGGAGACGCAGCAGCAGCUGUUGAUGCAUUGUCGAAGCUCAGAGGAGUCGGUCCCGCAACGGCAUCUCUGCUUCUGUCGGUCCACGACCCAGACCGGGUGAUCUUCUUCUCCGACGAAGCAUACUAUUGGUUGUGCUGCGGCGGCGUGAAGAGUCCCAUCAAGUACAACGCCAAGGAGUAUCAACAGCUGUUGGCCCAAGCGCGAGAACUAGCUGCGAGAAUCAAGGUAUCGACGAUGGAGGUCGAAAAGGCUGCUUUUGUCGCAAUGAGACAGUCAACCGACGUGGUCUCUGCGAAGACAAGCAAUAGCAAGACCCCAAGGGCUCGGACAAAUAUCGUGAAGCGCAAGAAGACGCCUGAGCUCGACAAGCCAAAGGCCCAGGCAGAGCCUCCCAGGCGGUCAAAGCGAAGGAAAGCUUAGUUACAUGUACAUAGAUAGCCUCCCCAGCCACGUGUGCAUGCACCAAAGGUGUCCUCGCAAGGAUAUGCCUGCAGCAUCCGAACGAGCCGAGUAGGCAAUCGGCUCUCCCUUCGAAUUGUGGUGAGCUUGACCCAAGGACGGACGUGCGGUCCGACGAACCGCAUUGCUGCGCGUCUCUCUCCCCUGCAAGACCCUGGCGGAUCUAACAAGCUUCGGCCAAUUUCACCAAGGCUGGCGUUUCCCGGGCUUAUUUUUAGGACGUCGAGCGGCUCAGCAAGCGCGUCUCUAGGGCCUGCGUCAGUAAGUUUCGCUCGCAGCUGUUGUGCCGUACCAGAGUCCGCCGGGAUGCGAUGCUAAACCAACGUCAUCCACACCAGCCCUGGCCCCCGGGGCACUUGGUUUAAAAUCAUCA